CGAACUUUGGGUGUUGAUGUAUUUGGUUGUUUUGAUUCUUUUGUUGCUAUUUUAAUGGAUAUGAAAUUGAAAGUGCAAAUAACUGGUUUGAGGACAAAACUUUAUUUUAACUUUUUACAAUAAAUACACUUUUAUCCAGGAUACCCCAAGAUGACUACCGCUGUCAAACGAAAGGCUGAAGAUGGACCGGAAGCAAUGAUUACAAGACCACCCCCUCCAAUACACAAUCAGUCGUACUUUGGUCCUCCAGGUCCGAUGCCUAUGGACUUCCGUAGUCAGCAAUGGAUGUCAGGAGGAUGGGGAGGUCCUCCUCGUAUGAUGCACAGCCAAUUCUUUCAUAGAGGAAGAGGUAACCACAACCAAAGGAUGUUUUUUCCUCAAUCCAGGGGAAUGAGACCUCAUCAAAACUACAAUUAUAACAACUAUAACCAGAAUAUGUGGAACCGUCCACCACCACCUUUCAUGGAAGGGAUGCCUCCAAUGCCCCAGGGUGGGGAGGCGUUCCACAACCAGGGAGCAGGCAGCUCGUGGAUGCCUAACACAACUGUCCCCCCACCACUGCCACCACAAUCUCAGGCCAACCAGUUUGACCCGAAUCAAUUUCCUCAAACUGCAGAAAAUGGGGAAACAUCUUUCUCUGGAACAAAUGCUAAGAAAAAAAAGAAAGAUAAACUCGGAAAACCACCUGCAUACACCUCACGGCCUUGGAACAGAGAAGAUGCAGAAAAGGCGUUAGCGCUCGAAAAUGAGUGUCAGAAAAAUUCAACAGAACAGUCAUUAGUUAUAAGAUUUCCUGACCCUGAAUUGUCCAAAGAUAUAGUUAAAAAAUUUCACCCAUUAAUAGACUCAGUUCACUUUCAAGCACCUAGUGGAGCAAGAUUUUGUUUUGCACAACUGGUGGAUGGAGCUAAUGUAGAUAAAGUAAUAUCAGACUUAGAAAAAAUAAAAUUUGGAGUAGGUAAAUUAAAAGCGGAACGAAAGCUAACAAAAACUGAAGAACCAGUAACACCUGAAGCGAUAGAUCCUUACACGUUAUAUGUUGGUAACUUACCCACAAACAUAUCAACGCAAGUGGUAAAAGAAAAAUUUCCUACUGCACAUAGGAUAGACAUUGGAUAUGCAGCAAAAAUGAAAUAUACUAGAUAUGCCUUCAUCCGAUUCCAGACAGCUGAGGCUGCCAUGGAUGCAUAUAAAUCAGCUCUAAACACGCAGAUAGCCUCACGGUCAAUCAUCCUGCGGUUCCGGAGACACAAAGGACCAGUUGGUCCUCCUGGCGAGAGUCAGACAGAGCACUUGAAAACAAUACCAAAAGUACCGAAAAUCAAGAAAGAGAAAAUUGAACAUGAAGAGGAUGAAGAUGAGGAUGACGAUGAUGAUGAUGACGACGACGACGACGAUGAUGACGACGAUGAUGAUGAUGACGACGACGAUGAUGAUGGUGAGGCAAACAACAUGGAAGAAGAUUAUGACGAUGACGAUGAUGAUGAAGAAGAAGAUGAGGAUGAAGAUGAAGAAGAUGAUGAUGAGGAUGAAGAUGCACCUCACAAAGAUGUAGAAGAAAACUCGGAAGAAGAAGAUGAUAAGGAUGAUAAGUUUCAAGACUUGUUCGAGAAGUUCAAAGAAAAAAAUAGGGAUCUAGGAAAUUGGAACAAGCUAUAAUGAUGAGUGAUUAUGGCAGGCAUAAAUGUAUUCUCUCAUGUUGUUCUUCAAUAGUAAGCCAAAUAUGUUUCGGCAUAAAUAAUGGAAAAUAUUCAGUAUAAGUAAUGGCAACUAUAAUGUAGAUUAUUGAAAAUAAGCUUUUACCCCUAGAUCUGGUGCAGUACUGUGCGAAUCCAUGGAUGUGGAUCAAUGUGGAUAAUGAUACAAAUGACUGUAUACACUAUUUACUUAGAGUAAGAAUAAUUAUCAA